GAACCCAAAAUACUCUUACGUAAGAAAAAAAAGGGGAAAAAUUGAAAGCACCUGAAAACGGAGGAGUACCACCGGAAAUCAAAACUUCCGGCGAUUUCAGCAACGAUUCCAGUACAAGCAGUUUGAGAAAUCAGUUGCCGGAGAACGAACGGAGAGAUUCAUCGGAACCCUAGACCGAAUCAAGUUGCAGUGGCAUGAUGGCUAAAUCCGGAGCAGAUGAGAAGAUUCUCAGCUACAACGAUGUCGUUCUCCGGCGAUCAGAUUUGGACAUUCUCAACGGUCCUAAUUAUCUCAAUGACCGCAUCAUUGAGUUCUAUUUUAGCUAUCUCAGCUCACUCUUUCCAUCUGACGACAUAUUACUGGUUCCACCUUCUAUUGCUUUCUGGAUUAAAGAAUGUCCUGAUCCUGAAAGCCUGAAAGAUUUCAUGGAACCACUUCAUCUCUCUCGAAGGAAGUUGAUUCUCUUACCUAUAAACGAUAAUUCUGACGUGUGCAUGGCUGAAGGUGGGAGUCAUUGGAGCUUACUGGCUUUUGAUAGAAACUCCAAUGUAUUUGUACAUCAUGACAGCAGUUCCGGGUGCAUGAAUGAGUAUCAUGCCAAACAAGUAUACAAGGUUACUCUUCCCUAUACAUCAUCCAACGCCACUUAUAAAGAGUGUCCAAACACGCCAAAGCAAGUCAAUGGUUAUGAUUGUGGCGUGUAUGUUUUAGCUAUUGCACGAGUCAUCUGUCAGUGGUAUGCAAGCAGUGGAACCCAAGAUGUAGAUACUCUGUGGUUCUCCCAUUUGGAACAGGUCACUCCAAGUGCUGUUUCUGUGAUGCGUAAUGAUAUUCUGGGGUUAAUAAAAGGUCUGAUGGCUGCACCCAAGACUGUGGCGUAACGCUCAAUGAUGUGAGUGAAAACCAUGCAACAAGUUAGAAAUCCAGCAGAGAUAAAAAACACUCGGUGAGGUUUAAAUUCGAGCAGUGACCAACAUGAAGUUUGGUAGUCAGUUAUCUCACGAUUUUGUUGGAUUUCAGGAAAGAUUUGCUAUUUCAAAAGAAAGCUAAUGGGGAAAACUAGGAAUAUAGUAUCUCCAUUUUGAUAAAAUAAUAUUCAUUGUUGAAAAGACAAAGUGGUGUAAUCCAUAGUAGAUGAGGCAUCUUGGUUUUGAUCAAGCCUUGGUGCACCUUCUCCCUAAUAAAGUAUCGAUCUAUCUAUAUGUUUCUUGUUCAUUCAUGAAAUACAGGAUUUGCAAUGAUUUAGAUGUCUGCGUUGCUGUCACAAUAAACAAAAACUGCCCCUUGUAUCUUGAUGCCAAGUUCUUUGAUCAAAAUUUUAACCUAAACAACUUGGCAAUCAUUGAAGCCAAACUCCUAUAUUAUGCUUCAGCUGAGCUUCUCGAAACUAUGGGACUCAUGUUCAGAACAAUUGUCAUAGUCAGCUGCAAUGUGAAAGUACAAGCUUAUAUACUAGCUACACUAACUGACCUACUUGUUAACAUGUGUAACAAACUCAUGCCAACAUCUUCAGCAUUUGGAGAGUUUAGGUAAUCUUGAAGAGCUCAAGUGCAGGCUAGUAAUAUUAUCCUAUGUGGCCACUGAUAAGGUUACUUUUGGUAUUAGUUGUGCCAGUGAGUACUGGAAUGAUUUUGAUGAAGAAGAGAGUUGUCAUGAUUGUUAUCAAGCUUAUCUGCAGAACUUGACUCAUGUAACUGAGCUAACAGUUGGAACUAUGAUUGCUUUAGAGUCAAAAGACAUUGUUUGCUCUAUUUUUAAAUUUUUAGCAAUAGUUGCAGAAUGUGUACCUCAGUAAGAGAAGAACCCUCAAAUCUGAUCAAUGAGAAACUUCUCUGUAACUGUAAAUAUCGAUGGAAAAAUUUGUUGUUGCUAGAAUCUUUAUAUGG